AGCAGAAAAUGGGUGACUCCCCUGACACGAUGCUUAGGAAUGGGUUGAACAACAGAUACCGUGUGUUGGAAGUCAGUGUAAUACAGAGAAAUGGAAGUGACCCUGAGAAACACUUGACAAUUACAGCAUCUCAGUCACUGGAGGAUACAGAGCUGUGCAUUCUCAGGAACGGCUGGGACUCUGUUCCAGUUGUUCCAGGAGACAUUGUUCAUUUAGAAGGGGAGUGUAGCUCCGGUACCUGGGUCAUAAAUGAACAGUCCGGAUACCUGGUUCUUUACCCAGAUCUUCUGCUUUCUGGCACUACAAUAUCAAAUAGUAUUCGAUGUAUGAGAAGAGCAGUGCUGAGUGAAAGGUUUAGGGGCUCAGAGUCUGGUUCACGCCAAACGCUCGUUGGUACAAUUCUUCAUGAAAUUUUCCAGCAAUCAGUAACAAAUAACUUGGCACAAGAAAAAGUAGAAGAACUAGCAAAGAAAAUUGUGCAUGGACAAAAGUAUCUGAAAGAAAUGUAUCACUUACGCCUGAAACCAACAGAAAUAAUCCAGGAAGUGGAAGAAUAUUUGCCAUCGUUUUUCAAAUGGGCAGAAGACUUCAUGCACAAUCCAGCUAACCAAAAUAAAAUGCCACUAAAACUGUCAGGUGGUGGAAAAUCAGAUGAUUUCUCCUCUAAGGUACAGGUUGUUGAUAUCUUAGACAUUGAAGAGAAUAUCUGGUCUCCCAGGUUUGGGCUGAAAGGGAAGAUUGAUGUUACAGCCAAAGUGAAAAUCCAAUGCCAGUCUGGAGAGCAGUCUAGGGUGAUGCCAUUGGAGCUUAAGUCUGGCAAGGAAUCCAACUCCAUAGAGCACAGAAGUCAGGUUAUUCUGUACACAUUGUUGAAUUUGGAACGGAGAGUAGAUCCUGAAGCUGGAUUUCUCCUGUAUCUUAAAACUGGUACCAUGUACCCGGUUUCUGGAGCUCGCAUGGACCGGAGAGAAUUAAUGAAGUUAAGAAACCACGUGGCCUUCUACUUAAUGCACAGUACCCAUAAAUCUGCUGUGGGACAACAGCAGUCACAGCUUGCUGCUUUGCCUCCUGUAACUGAUGACAGUCAAGCCUGUAAAUAUUGCUCCCAAAUGCACAACUGCUUUCUAUACAGCAGGAAUUUGUCAAAGCUCCCCAAAAACACCGUAUUUAGGUUGGAUCACGAAGAAGGAGAUUUUGGUCUAGGAGUCCCCUUUGAGAAUCUUUCUAAAUUGAUGAAAGAUUGCCCAGUCAGUGAAAGGCUCCGCAACUUGAUAAUUGACUUCCAGAAACCACGUUUUAUUCAGCAUUUGAGCUCUGUCCUUCCUUCAGAAGCAAAGGAAACUGUUGCAAAUAUUUUAAAGGGUCUGAAUAAGCCUCAGAAACAGGCAAUGAAACAAGUUCUACUUUCAAAGGACUACACACUUAUUGUGGGUAUGCCUGGAACAGGAAAAACUACUACAAUUUGUGCUCUGGUGAGAAUUCUUUCUGCUUGUGGCUUCAGUGUUCUUCUGACUAGUUUUACACACACUGCUGUGGACAACAUCCUGCUGAAACUGGCCAAAUUCAAAGUGGGCUUCCUGCGCUUGGGGCGGGCUCAGAAGGUUCACCCGGAUAUACGGAAAUUUACGGAAGAAGAAAUUUGCAGGUCCAAAUCAAUUAAGUCUGUCACAGAUUUGGAAGAGAUGUAUAACAGUCAGCCAGUGGUAGCAACGUCUUGCAUGGGAGUAAAUCACCCCAUCUUUGUUCAGAAGCAAUUUGAUUUCUGUAUAGUAGAUGAAGCUUCCCAGAUAAGCCAGCUCAUCUGUCUGGGCCCACUGUUCUGCUCCAAAAGGUUUGUGCUGGUAGGGGAUCAUGAGCAGCUGCCUCCACUUGUGCUGAAUGCAGAAGCCAGAGAUCUUGGCAUGAGUGAAAGCUUAUUUAAAAGGCUGGAACAAAACCAAAAUGCUGUUGUCCAAUUAACCGUACAGUACAGGAUGAAUAGUAAAAUUAUGUCCUUGAGUAACAUGUUAGUGUAUGAAGGCAAACUGGAAUGUGGCUCAGAGAAGGUGUCAAAUGCCACUGUUAACUUGCCCAACCUAAAAAAAUUGAAACUGGAGCUUGCAGAUGCUUCAAAAACAUGGUUGAAAGAAGUACUUGAUCCAGACACACCUGUGUGUUUUCUGAACACAGAAAAGGUCCCAGCACCAGAACAUGCAGAAAAAGGUGGUGUGAGUAACAUGACAGAAGCUAAACUAGUACUCUUCCUCACAUCCUUGUUUCUUAAGGCUGGUUGUAAACCGUCAGACAUUGGUGUUAUAUCACCAUACAGACAUCAAUUAAAAACAAUCACUGAUUUGAUGGCAAAACUGAAGGAGAACAGGGUAGAAGUCAACACAGUAGACAAAUACCAAGGAAGAGACAAAAGUAUCAUAAUCGUGUCUUUCGUUAGGAACAGUCACGACGAAAAUCUUGGUGCCCUCCUGAAGGACUGGCGGCGCCUGAACGUUGCCAUCACCAGAGCCAAGCACAAACUGGUCAUGGUGGGCUGUGUUCCGACCCUGCGUCGCUACCCUCCCUUGGAGAAGCUGCUCUGCCAUUUGCAGUCUCAGGCCAUGCUCUUCCAUCUUCCAGCGGGGGCUCAUGAAAGUAUCCACAAGUGUAACAUUUUGUGAUGGUGAAGAUGGAGAGUUUUACAGGCAUGUGUAUGUUUUGUAUCUUCUGGUGCUGCUUUAUGUAAAUAACUGGUUAAUGGGAUACGGCUGCUGAUUUGCACUGAUGAAUCCAAAUGAAGCCAAAACAGAAGUCACAUGCAAUUAUUUUAAAGGUUUCCUCUCAGUUAAAAAACAAAGGAGAUGGUUAAGCUCGUUUGUUUUAGUACCAGUAUAAUUGUAAUAAACCAGAAAUAGGAAGUAAUCUCUUCCUUCAGGUACGGAAUAGGUGCUUCUGUAUUGGCUUUUAUCUUGAUGAACAGUUACCUGCAGAACUGAAUGGAGCAACGCUUGGGGAAGAGCUGGGAGUAAACCAGUGUUGCAUUGAGUCAUCGUUCUCUGGGCUCAGUUUGAUUUUAAAGACUUGAAAAUGUAGUUUGCAGAAAGUAGUUCCAUUUACUAGAAUGCCUAAUUAAGAUGCCGACCUACUGUGUUGUUUGGAAAAAAAAAAAUAGGAAAAACUUCUUUCUCUUCUCCAGAGCCUCACUUCUUUGAAGUGUUUCUGUUUUUUUAAAUACUGAAGUCUUUUAUAUUUAUAUAUAUAGUGUAACUUACCUCUCAUAUGAAGAUGCUUUGAUGACUUUUCUAAUCUCUUGACUUUGCAUAUAUCUGAGAGAAGUGUGAUUUUGAUUCACAUAAUUCCCUUUCAUGAGUUAAUGUAUUUAGCAGGUAAAAUUUGUUGAAGUGAAAUGCUGCCCACUUGAAGACCAUGGUAAAACUGGUUUCAGUUUGUGAUCUUUAGUCUUCUCUUAGGGAGAAAAAAUAACACAAAACAACAAACCCAAGAAACAAAACUAGACUUGCAGCUGGAUAACAAAGAAGUUUACAUGCUCAUGUUCUAAUUUUUGUAAAGAUGAUACCAUAUAUACAGUACAAACUAUCCUUUCCUUCACAGAUCUGUUUUGGUUUCUUCAUACUACCUCAUACUCUAGACUACUGCUGCAAGUUUCUUUCCAGAGUAGCUGGUGGAAACAUCACAUUUUUUUGAUUGUUCAAAAUCAUUAGUGCUUGUUUUCUCUUGGAUCCAUGUCAAGUAGCUGUGUGCAUGUAGUUGCAGACAAACUUCUACAUGUUAAAUGUGGGCAUUUUCACACUUUUAAA